AUAAAAUAUCUUCGCUCCAUCAAAACCACCUUAGGACUAGUCUCCCUUGGCCGCUACGCCUUCUUUCGUUGUAGUUUGCAAAACCCUAGCCGUUUUCUAGGGUUUAUCCUUGCUCUGUAAUUUAUCGUCAGGCUUCGCCAAGAUGAACUUUUUAUUUCGGAGGUCAGCGUCCAUUACCAACUCUUCGACGUCAAGGCAGGCUAUUGUUGCCCUCCUUUCCUCUGAGCUAUCGCGGCUUGCUGCCGCGAUCCCUCGGGAGUCGUCUUCUGCUCCUCUGGCAUGUUUAUGUCGAGGACUGCAUGGGACUUCUGCGGAGGCGGGGAAGCCUUCGAUCGGAGACCUUGGGCGGAGGGAGUUCCAUUUCUCUGCGUUGCCGCUCAAUUUUAGAGCGAGUGAGAUUACGCGGGCAGAGUUCGCCGUCGAUGAGUACUAUGACGAAGGGAAGAGAGGGGACGAUGGGCUUGAGAUCGCCAAGCUUGGAAUUUCGCAGGAAAUUGUCUCGGCGCUCGCAAGAAAGAGUAUCACCAAACUGUUUCCUAUUCAGAAAGCAGUUCUGGAACCAGCAAUGCAAGGACGCGAUAUGAUUGGUAGAGCCAAAACUGGAACGGGCAAGACUCUUGCUUUUGGGAUUCCAAUAUUGGAUAAUAUUAUUCGCUAUAAUGCUAAACAUGGGCGUGGAAGAAAUCCUUUAGCCUUGGUUCUGGCACCAACACGAGAACUUGCUCGACAAGUGGACAAGGAAUUCAGGGAAUCAUCACAGUUGGACACACUGUGUGUAUAUGGGGGUGUCCCUAUUCAACAGCAAAUGAGAACCUUGAGUUAUGGCAUAGAUAUUAUAGUUGGCACCCCAGGCAGAGUUAUUGAUUUACUUAAUAGAGGCGCCUUAAAUUUGUCUGAGGUGCAAUUUGUUGUUCUUGAUGAAGCUGACCAGAUGCUUGCUGUUGGUUUUGCUGAAGAUGUGGAGGUGAUUUUGGAGAAGUUGCCACAAAAACGUCAAAGUAUGAUGUUCUCAGCAACUAUGCCAACCUGGAUUAGAAAAGUUUCUCAGAAGUAUCUUAAUAAUCCAGUUACAAUUGAUCUUGUGAGUUGGUCAAGGCAAGUGGUCGUUGAAUAAAUUGGGAUUCCUUUAUAUAACGUCUUAAUUUUGAACUAAUUUUUCAUUGUUCUUGUAUAGGAACAUGCCAAGGGAGGAAAAUGCAUAGUUUUCACCCAAACCAAACGGGAUGCUGAUCGUUUGGCUUAUGCUAUGAGCAGGAGCUAUCCUUGUGAGGCUUUGCAUGGUGAUAUUUCCCAAAACCAGAGAGAGAGAACACUUGCUGGCUUCCGGGAUGGUCGGUUUAGCAUUUUGAUUGCUACAGAUGUUGCCGCUCGUGGACUGGAUAUUCCUAAUGUUGACUUG